CUCCGUGGCGGAGCAGCUGAAGCGUGGGGAAACAGUACGGGCUGAGGCUUUCGACAGUGUCACCAUCUACUUCAGCGACAUUGUGGGCUUCACUGCCCUCUCGGCGGAGAGCACCCCCAUGCAGGUCGUGACGCUGCUGAACGAUCUCUACACUUGCUUUGAUGCCAUAAUUGACAACUUUGACGUCUACAAGGUGGAGACCAUUGGGGAUGCCUACAUGGUGGUGUCGGGACUGCCGGUGCGCAAUGGGAAGCUGCACGCCCGCGAGAUCGUCCGCAUGGCCCUGGCCCUGCUUGAGGCUGUCAAAACCUUCAAGAUCCGGCACCGGCCCAAUGACCAGCUCUGCCUGCGCAUCGGCAUACACACCGGUCCUGUGUGCGCUGGAGUUGUGGGUCUGAAGAUGCCGCGGUACUGCCUGUUUGGGGACACGGUGAACACCGCAUCCCGCAUGGAAUCCAAUGGCCAGGCCCUGAAGAUUCACGUCUCGUCCGCCACCAAGGAAGUCCUGGAUGAGUUUGGCUGCUUUGAGCUGGAGCUACGUGGGGAUGUGGAGAUGAAG